GAUGAAGCCGACCGUAUGCUGGAUAUGGGCUUUAUUCGCGACAUUAAAAAAGUACUGGCUUUAUUACCAAAGAAAAAACAAACCUUAUUAUUUUCUGCGACAUUUUCAAACGAAAUAAAACGCCUGUCUAACGACUUGUUAAAUUCCCCUGCCUUAAUUGAAGUAGCUCAACGCAAUACAGCCUCAGAGCGUGUUACACAAGUUGUGCAUCUGGUUGAUAAGAGCCGCAAAC